AUGGGCAACGACCUUGCCUCCUGUCCAACCUGGACCCUUUCAGAAGCAACAUCAGAAUCAUACGGCCACACAAUUCGCGCCAUGAAACUCUCUUCCUUCCCAAAAUUCGGCUUUGUCAUCUACCGCUGCACAUACAGCGACGACGCAGCCUGGACCCAGCUCCUUUCACUUAUACAGCGAGAAGCCCAAGAGGCCAUCAAAGAAUUAGGACCAGGGCGUGAUUGGCUAGGCGCGCAUCUAGAAUGGACAAUCGUCGAGGAUCCGACGCUAGAUGACGCUACCCAGGAGCAGGUGAAGAGGAAGUUUGAUGGGUGGGCUGGUGGUGUUGUAGAGGAGUAUGAGCGCACAAGCACGGAUAAUGUGAGGGGGUUACCGAGGUUUAAUUUUUGUGUGUUUGUGGAUGAGAAGUGUUUGGCCAGCUUGGAGAAACCAAAGGCGGUGGUGGAUGGGAGGAAACCGCCUGUAUUUGUAGUACUGGUGAGGGCUGAGAGGGGGAUACUGGCUUGGGUGCUUCAGGCGCAGGCGGCGGCUUCUCAGCGCUCGCGGAGUGGCGUUGACUCUGAGGACGAGGAAGAAGAAAUAUUCGAUGACGAAGAUGAGGAGGAGGUUGAAGAUGAGGAUGAUAUACCUUUAGCGGCCCAUAAGGCCAGCUGGAUGUAUGUAGAGACGCAGCAUCUGCUCUCGCUUUACAAUUCCUUGCAUGCUGAUUCAGGCUGGGAGCACCUCUACGUCCGGCCGCCAGGGGUUUAUAGGAGGAAUGAGGCCUGA